AUGUCAGGCCAGCUGCUCUCCUCGUCCUUCCUCACCCCGGCUGCCAACUCCAACAACAACUUCGAUCCCCUUGUACGGUCAACUCCAAACGUCGCCUAUGGCGAUGUCGAUCCCUGGAGUGCAUCGCCUCUACCCGGUCCCCGUCCGGUAUCCACAACUACCACACCCAAGCUCCCCGCCGAUGGUCAAGAAGGGACGCCUUCCGAUGACAUCCGUCCGUCCAGUUCCAAGGAUGGUCUCAACGGUUUGAUAGAGGAUCCUCCUGCAAUUUACCUCAGUCUGUUGGACUCUCUUGACCCAUCCCCUUCAGGUGACCUGUCCCUGGCCAGCGUUCACCGCCUCCUCGCCACAUCUCAACUCCCAGCGUCUACAGUCGAAAAGAUCAUCAAUCUCACUUGCCGGGACAAAGCUCGACUGACGCGGGCUGAAUUCUUCUGUACUCUGGCUUUAGUCGCUUUGGCGCAAUCAUCGGAUUCAACAGACUCGGAGUUGUCAAUCGAGGCUCUUAUCACCGCAAUACCGGACCUUCCACUCCCUCGCUUGAUCGUUCCUGCUGUAUCGGCUUCCAACGGGUACUCCGUCCCCUCGACCCUAGGUCCAUCACCUUGGGACACUACACCUCGUGUCAGUGGUCAUCCUCAGCCGCCUGCGACUGUAUCCAAUCCUGGAUCCAGCUUUGCCGAGUCUAGUCGAGAACUAGAAGCUCAAAAAGGGUACUGGCAACGUUUGGAGGUGAUCGAAGUAGUCUUGAUUGCCGAGAAACAGGGGUGGUUUUUGCAGAAAUACAUGGUUUCAUCGUCAUCCCGUUCUUCAUCUCCCGUCUCUCGGCGCUAUUCAGACUUUGUGUGGCUGCUGGACACAUUGAUCAAACGUUAUCCAUUCCGACUGUUGCCCGCUUUACCCCCGAAAAAGAUCGGCCCCGGCGCCAACUUCCUCGAACAACGCCGCAAAGCCCUACGAAGAUUUCUCAACAUGGUGGUCAAUCAUCCCGUGCUCAAAGACGACGGCGCUCUCAAUGUGUUUCUCACAGAACCCAACUUCGAGGCUUGGAGGAAGAGAGUGAAAGUCUCCACGGAGGAGGAGAGCGCCAGCAAGAAACUCAAUCCUGCCCAAGAGAUGGCCAUUCCCGCUGAUCUGGAAGAGAAGCUAGGGGUACUCAGAGAUCACCUCCCAGCUGUCCUAGCGAGUCAUCAGAAGCUGGUGGCAAUCUCAGAGAGGCAGGUGGGAAGGAUGCAGGCAGCAUCUGGAGAUGCUGUACGCUUGAGUAUGGCGUUGCAAAGUGUGGGCGAGGAAAUGCCCUCAGCCUGCUAUCGAUGUGCUGGGGGAGGUGAAGGGUGUUCUCUGUGUCAAGGUGUUGCGAGAGGGUUGACCGAGGUUGGCAGUACCUGGGCGAGAGCCGCGGAGCUUGGGGAACGACGGGUCAGCUUCAACAUUAGACGUCUCAAAUCGCUAAAGAGUCAGAGAGAUUUGUAUCUUGCUGCAAGAGAUUUGUUCUUCAGGCACGACCGUCUGUCAAAAGAUUCUGUCGACGCACUCCGCAAAAAAGUCGACGGUAGAAAUAAAAAGCUCGAGAUACUGCGCCAAGCGGCUAAGCCUGGCUGGGAGACAGAGGCCGAUAAACUCGUGUCGGCCACAGACCAAGAUACGGGGGCUAUCAACAAUCUACUCUCACGGCGAGUGUUCAUCAGAGCUUGUAUGUGGCACGAAUUGCAGGUGGUUUUCCACACUCGACAAGCCGCUCAAGCGACUCUUGGAUGGAGGGAUUUCGUUCGUGACGCCGAAGGCGCUGCGAAGGCUGACGCGGCACUGUGGGGUGAGCUGAGCGAAAGGCUGGAGGGGGUGCCGGUGGAGUGA